AUGAACAACUUAAAUAAAAUAGAAGAUAAUUCUGAAUAUUACUAUAAGAUAAUAGAAGAUGAUUCUAAAUAUUAUUAUAAUAAUGAUUUUAUCAUAGAAACUGCAAAAAAUUCAGUAGUCCCAUCUGAAAUUUCUUGUUCGUUAGAAACUGCUACAUCUAGUAUCCAGCCUAUGCCUCUUUUUACGUUAUCUUUAAAAGAUAAAGAAAAACUAUCAUUUACUUACGAAUACUUUGAAACAACAGUCAAUCAAAAAGGUGACGAAGUACGAGUCUGCAAGGUCAUAAAUGAAGAUGGCAAAAAAUGUGGCCCAGAAUAUAAAAAUGUAGAAAGUUCAACAGGAAAUCUUAUUAUGCACUUUAGAGACACCCACGAAAUUGUUUCGCAAAAUGAUAGAGAAAAUAUAAAAAAG